UUCAUCUACCAGGUAGUUCCAAAAUGAAAAAUUAAAAACCUCAAAAUCAUUCUUCCCCGUUGUCGGACUGCCUUCAAAUCCAUUAUAGAUUUAUAGAUACAGAUUCAUAAUCUAUAUCUAUAUAUGCAGCUAGGGAAUCAAUAUAGAUCUGUAGAUAGAGAAGGAACCAUCAAGAUGUUACCCAGAUCAAAUUCUAUCUUACAACAACAAGAUAGCAAGAAGAUCUCAGAUGACGGAAGCAUCAUGACGACGUCAUCCUCGUCAUCAAGUUCAUACACUACUAAUAUUAAUAAUAAAUUUGAGAAAAAAAUAACAAGAUCGAAUCUUGUUGAUCAGCUAAGAGAGUAUCAAGUUCGAUCCAAACAUGAUUGGGCUUCUGUUUCUUUCUUUUCUUCUACUUCCAAUUUUUCUCAUUCUUCCAGGGUGGAUGUAGUGGUCUUUGUUCUAUGGGAGCUUGUGAUUCUAGCUUUUUUUGUUUUCUCGGCAGUUUCAUUGUAUUUCAGGCACUUGAGGCUUGGAUUUGUUCUAGCAACUAUUACAUUGUUGCUGCUAUUGUCUAUGAAGGUAACAAAGAGAAUAAAACUGAACCAGAAAAAGAAACGGAGGAUGCUUCUUCCUUUAUCGAUGUAGAAACUCUAAAAUUCUAACAAGUCACCGCCAGCCCAGCUUCUUUUAUGUAAAUUAAACAGUUUUGACCAUUUCUACGGUCUCCUGUCGUUAUUUUGGUUUAUUUUGUUGUGUAACUUCAGCUAAAGAAAAUGAUGAUAUAGAAAGGGAAAAUACUGCGACAAAUUUGAUUUUGGUUAGUUUUGUUUUC